AGAGCUGUCAAGUGCUGCUGCAACAACACAUUGCCAUGGCCACAAAACAGACCCUUCUGAUUAUUGGAAUAUUUAUUUUAGCAGGAUUUGAUGGAUGUCUCUCCAUUACCCCUGAAAAGGAGCAGAAGGCAGACUUUUGGUAUGUUAAGGGUAAAGAUGCUCUUCGUACAUCCCUCUCCAUGAAGCCCAACCCGCACCGUGCUAAAAAUCUCAUUCUCUUCCUCGGAGAUGGCAUGGGAAUCAGCACUGUGACCGCAGCAAGAAUUCUGAAAGGACAGAUGGAAGGGAAGACCGGAGAGGAGAGCAUCCUAGCCAUGGACAUGUUCCCUUAUCUCGCUCUCUCCAAGACCUACAAUGUGGAUCAGCAGAUGCCUGACAGCGCAGCAACAGCCACUGCUUAUCUGUGUGGUGUGAAGGCAAACUAUGGCACUCUGGGCCUCAGUGCAGCUGCCCGCCGCAAAGACUGCAGCUCCGUUACAGGCAAUGAGGUCAAAUCAAUUCUGCAUCAGGCAAAGAUGGCAGGGAAGUCUGUUGGCGUAGUGAGCACGGCACGUGUCCAGCAUGCAUCACCUGCCGCCAGUUACUCCCACACCCCUGAAAGAGAAUGGUACAGCGAUAAAGAGCUGCCCUCUGAAGCCGUCGCAGGCGGAUGCAAGGACAUUGCGUACCAACUCGUCUAUAAUACCGACAUAAACGUUAUUUUAGGUGGUGGCAGGCAGUACAUGUUUCCCAAGGAAGUGUCUGAUCCUGAAUAUCCCACAUUUUUUGGGAGCCGACAGGACAACAAAAACCUUGUUGACGAGUGGUUAAAAACCAGAGAUAAUGCCAAAUAUGUGUGGAAUAAAAAAGAUUUUGAUGCUGUCCAAGAGCACAAAACUGAUUACUUGAUGGGGCUUUUUGAGCCAAAGGACACCAGGUAUGAGCUGGAACGCGAUCCUUCAAUGGACCCAUCGUUGACAGAGAUGGUGGAAAAAGCCAUCAAGAUUCUUAGCAGAAACCCGAAAGGAUUCUACCUCUUUGUUGAAGGUGGGCGAAUAGAUCAUGGGCAUCACGCAGGGCAGGCCAAGUACGCUUUGACGGAGGCUGUGGAGUUUGACAGGGCCAUUGCGCGGGCGGCUGAGCUGACGAGUGAACUCGACACCUUGUCCGUGGUCACUGCUGACCAUUCCCAUGUGUUUUCAUUCGGUGGCUACUCUUACAGGGGCAAUCCUGUGCUAGGAGUUUCUUAUUCAAUAGGCGAGGAUGGUAAGAAAUUUACUACUGCACUUUACGGGAACGGUCCAGGAUACCAGAUUGCGAAUGGAACUCGUCCUGACGUGAAUGCGGAGACCUCAGGCAGUGAUGAAUAUCUUCAGCAGGCUGCUGUACCUCUAGAUUCAGAGACUCAUGGUUCAGAGGAUGUGGCUAUUUUCGCCAAAGGCCCGAUGGCGCACCUCUUCCACGGAGUCCAAGAGCAAAGCUACAUUCCUCACGCUAUGGCUUACGCUGCCUGUAUUGAGCCCUACACUGACUGUCUGCUAGAAGACUACGGCGUUUGCACUCGGUUCAGCCUCAUGGUUCUCAUGCUGAGCUUGCUGUCCUCGCUCACAUUCCUGAUAUAAUGUGACUAAAGUGGGUGGGGGGUGUAAUUUACAUUUGCAUCCCAAUUAAUUUGCUCAUUUAACGGCAACAUUUAGAUAACCAACGGAAGAGCAGGAUAACUUCUGCAUUGGAUCUGAGUUUGCAAUUAAUGUUGGUUAUGAUAUAAUUUAAAUCCUCUGUGAGGAUAUGAAUAAUUGGUGGAAAAGGGUUGAUUAAUGUAUGCCAAUAAAAUCUACAAAUCCAAGAAGCUGUGCUAACCUUUACAUUGUACUCACAUUUCUUUAGUGGCCCUAAAAACACAGAACACAUGGCAAUGUAAAUGUAUUUUAUAUCUAAGAAAUAAAUGCAUUUAGUCUAGUGUGGGCUAAAUUUAUAUUUAAAAUAUUUUCCUUCAAAAUGCUGACUAUUAUGAAUAUUGUGGAUAUUUGGGAAUAGUGUGAUCAACUGGUGUCAUCUUCAGGUAAAAGACAAUAAGUAGCUUAGUUUAAAACAUAUCAACUGUGCUAUUGUUUCAAAUGAGUAAGUCGUGUAAAUGCCUUAAAUGUAUGGUGAAAUGUGAUUAUUUUAAACAGAUUUUUUUUGUACAUGGAAGAUGAAUUACCUUGUAAGUUAAUACUUGAGACCGAAAAACAUUCAAAGAAUAAACCUCAUUCCACCUUC